GCAUUGUGACGUCAGGCCGCGCGGCCCGGCUGGGACCAGGCAGCGGCUCGCGAAGGAGCUUCCCCGAGUGUGACGCGUGGACUCCGCUCCCCGCCGCCCGCCCGCCCCUGGCGUCGCCGCCGCCUCCCUCGCUCCCUCAGCGCGCCGAGCGCGGCCCAGCGGCCCGGGGCGACGCGGCGCCGAGAGGGCGGGCGGGCUUCGGAGCGCCGGGCGGCCCGAGUCCGCGGCCGGUCGGUGCGCGGCGGGCGGGCGGCGGGCGCCGGUCUAUAUGGCGGCGGCUCUGUCGGGCCUGGCUGUCCGCCUCUCGCGCUCGGCCGCCGCCCGCUCCUAUGGGGUCUUUUGCAAGGGGCUGACCCGCACGCUGCUCAUCUUCUUCGACCUGGCCUGGCGGCUGCGCAUCAACUUCCCCUACCUCUACAUCGUGGCUUCCAUGAUGCUCAACGUCCGCCUGCAGUUCACAGAAUGGAAUGUUGGCCAAAGAGCAGCCAUUGUGAUCUGGUGGAGGUUCAGAGAAGGCUCCCUGGAGGAGAGGACGUCAGAACUGUGCUUUGGGGGUGUUGAGUUGACCAGGGAAGGAAAUGAGGGAGAUUGGCUGCACCAGCUUGCAUUCCCACCAACAAUGCAAAAGAGAUUCUCUUUCUCCACAUCUUCACCAACAUCUGUUGUUGCCUGAGUUGUUCAUGUUAGCCAUUCUGACAGUGCCUGAAGACCUCUCACUGGAAGAGAGAGAAGAACUUUUAGACAUUCGUCGAAGAAAAAAGGAACUUAUUGAUGACAUUGAGAGGCUGAAAUACGAAAUUG